GAACUUUCGUCACACAGGAAGCAUUGCAGGUCCUUAUCCAGACACUUGUCAUCUACCAUCUGGACUACUGCAACUCUUUGUUGGCUGGGCUCCCCGCUUGUGCCACCAAACCCUUGCAACUUAUCCAGAAUGCCGCAGCACGCCUGCUAUUCAACAUUCCCAAGUUGUCCCAUCUCACCCCACUCCUCCGCCCACUCCACUGGCUUCCAGUCGAAGCACGGAUCCACUUCAAGACCUGGUGCUUGCCUAUGGAGCAGCAAGGGGAACUGCCCCUCCCUACAUUCAGCUCAAACCCUACACCCCAUCCCGAGCACUCAUUCUGCCACCUCAGGUCUCUUGGCCCUCCCACCCCCAGCUAUAGUGGAAAUGAGUCCAGAUUAUUGUCACUGUAACAAACAGGGCUCUAAAUCUCAGUGUUUUAGGGCAAUCCCCAAUAACAACACAAAACUUGGUUGACUGAAAGUCGUCUGUUCUUUUGACCAAUUGAUUGGUCAAACAUUUUAAACGUGUAUUUUUCCAAAUAUAGACACACCCUAUGUGUUUUCAUAAAAUCAAGUACCGUAAUUUCCGGACUAUAAGCCGCUACUUUUUUCCCACGCUAUGAACCUUGCGCUUUAUACAAUGACGCGGCUAAUUUAUGGAUUUUUCCCGCUUUCACAAAUUCAUGCCGCCAAAAAACUGAGCACCGUCACAUAAUGUGAAGUAAAUCGAGCGCGCUCAAACUUUCCAUCAUUCUGAUUACGGUAGUCAUUUUGUCACCCUCAUCAUGGCAAAGACACGGAGAAAUGCAUAUGAUGCAGCUUUCAAUUUGAAGGCGAUCGAUCUGGCUGUUUGAAAAGUAAAUAGAGCUGCUGCACGGGAGCUUGGCCUUAAUGAGUCGAUUAAAAGACGUUGGAAACAGCAGCGUGAGAAACUGACUUAGUGCAAAAAGACAACAAAAGCUUUCAGAGGAAAGAAAAGCAGAUGGCCCGAACUAGAAAAUGAGGUUUGGGUGACAAGUGGGGAGAUAUCCUUGUCACCCAUAAAUCGCGAAGAGCGAUUUAUGGUCAAGUCUGUCAGUGGGUCCUGACAGCGUGGAGCUGCUGCGUAUUGAAGAGGGCAGCAUAAACUCAGCGGGGAAUUUGCCUCCGGAUGAAAGUGAGGAGAGCACAAUGAAAACGAUCCAACAUCGGAUGAAGCAAUUCUGAGGCUAUUCAACUCCGACACCAAAGGAGAUGACAGUGGUUUCAGUGCACAGGAGGAAGAUAGUGACCAAGGACUUUCUUGGUAGGCUACUGUUUACUGCUAUUUAAAAAAAAAAAUAAUGCUUCAAGCCUGUUUCGUUAAAGCCUAUUUAUUUUUGUUACAAGACGUGUUUCGUUAAAGCCUAUUUAUUUUUGUUACAAGCCGUGUUUCGUUUAAAGGCUGUGUAAAGUUCAUUUGUUUCAAUGUACCGGUAGGCACCUGCGGCUUAUAGACACGUGCGGCUUAUUUAUGUACAAAAUACAUUUUUUUUUUUUAAUUCAGUGGGUGCGGCUUAUUUUCAGGUGCGCUUAAUAGUCCAGCAAUUACGGUAUAUGCAUUGAGUUUACGGUUUGAUGAAAUAAGACUAAUGCCUCGAGGGCUCCAGAGAUCUAGAUAAGCAGGAGAGAAAAAAAUCUAGCCUGACCCAACUAUUCUCCUGGCUUUUGCAGAUUCUGCCAUUACAUUACUGAAGUUGCCGGUAAUUGGCUACACGAGGAGUCGCCAACCUUUCUCAUGUGGAAUGUACAUUUAUCUUACCAUUUCUACCCAUCGACAUGCCAGUUAUGGUUUUCAUAUGCACAUUUAUCUUACCAUUUCUACCCAUCGACAUGCCAGUUAUGGUUUUCAUAUGCACAUUUUCGUGAAACAAUUUAAUUUAUAAUUAAGUCUUCAUAUCUCAAAGUAAUUGUCAUGUGGUUAUUCAAAAUUAUAUCCAAAUGAAAAUGAUAAACCUAAAAAGUAACUACUAUGUCAAAGUAGUCUACAUAAAGCCAACAAAUAAAAACAUUGCAACCUGCAUGUAGAAAAUAACCUGAUAAAAAAAAAAAAUCCUGUAAAUCACAUUGGCUACACAUGGGCUGUUUGCAACAAACUUUAAACAUUGUAUCAACUAUUAACUUUGGGUCCAGCCCAAAGCUUGGCUAUUUGCACAAGGGAUAAGAAGCCGUGCUUGACUUGGGCAAGAGCUCACCGGAGCUGUGUACUGGCACCUCAAAUGUUCUACUGCUUGAGCUCCUGUUCCUCUUAUAGAAUAUUAGCUCCAAAAUAUUGUGGCGCUCCUGCACCUAAAUAUAAACAGUACCAGCACCCAAAAUGAGUACCGGAACCUAUUUAAGUCCAAGUCAAGCACUGAUAAGAAGUAAUCAGAUUCCUUCCACAACUUGUGUGGAGCGACCAGAGAUCACCCAAACCGAUGAGGUUUUACUGAUCCAGUUAAGAUUGUGUUCCCUUUUCCACAUUUGACAAGCGGAAAGAAUGUCGGAAAGGGCCGAUGAUGACGUCAGGGGGGAGCAGCGCAGAGUGGCCAGGCAGCUGAAGCAGCAACAGCAGCAGAUCCAGCGGGGAGAAGGCUCCACAGCAAUGGCGACUGGUGCGGAGCGCAGAUCCAUGCCUAGUCCAGAAAUAAUGUUGGGACAGCCUUGGAGCAGCUGGGUCGAUGCUGCCAAACUCCACGGCAACGACGGUGCUGAAUCAGAGGAAAGUUUGAAAGAGUUCGGGAAAAAUCGAGAAGCAAUGCGACUGUGCAGAGAUGACAUGCCCAUAUUUGGCCAGUGUCCAGCACAGGACGACUUCUACCUGGUGAUGUGCAGCCACUGCAGUCAGGUGGUGAAGCCCCAGGCCUUCCAAGCGCACUACGAGAGAAGACACAGCUCGUCCAGUAAGCCCACCUCCACCUUAGCCCCCUCCUCAGCCUCCUCCCUGUCCGCUCUGUCUCGGAGCAGGAGCAGUGGGACGGGUGGUGGGGGUGUCAGUGGGGGGGCCAUGGGCCGCUCUUCCAGUGGGACCAGCACCUCGUCCAACUCCAAAAUCCUCAAACCAGCCAAAGAGAAGCUACCAGGCAUCCAGCAGAGACCUCACUUCCCUCCCUUCAGGGUGCUCAACGACAAGAUCCUGACCCCUGCAGUCAAAGUGGAGAAGAUGUGUCUGAAGGUGGAUUCGUCAGCCAAGCUGGUGCAGGUUCCCUCGGCCCACUUAUCGUCCUCCUCCAGCAGCACUGUGAGCUCCUCGUCACCCCUGAAGCCAGGCCUUAACUGUCCCUCCAUACCAAAGGCUCCCCUGCUUGCCCCCGGCCAGAUCCCCAACGGCAAGGGCCACCUCUCCCUCUCUGCCUUGGAGAAGAAGCAGGACAACAGCACCAGUAGCAGACAACACCUCUACAAGAGACUGUCAGAACGUGAGUUUAAUCCAGAUAUCCACUGUGGGGUCCUGGAUAUGACAGCUCGGAAGCCAUGCACACGAUCCCUAACAUGCAAGACACAUUCCCUAAGCCAGCGGAGGGCAGUGCUGGGCCGGAGGAAACGCUUCGACACACUGUUGGCCGAGCACAAAAACAAAGCCCGGGAACGGGAACUGCAGCACCCCCACCCCCUGCAGACCACCCCUCUCAGGGAACCCCACCCCUCCCCCUCACGGCUCGCCCCCCACCACGACGCCCACCAGGUCGCUCAUGGCAACGGAGCCACCGACGCCACCAAGCCUUUGGCGUUUGGCAAGCCCAAACCUCACAAUCUUGGUCUUCCACGACUGAACAGCAUUAUCUCUGAUGGAGGUGGUGGUACCCCCGGAGACCCCCACCAUGCUACGUCCGCUCCUGACGGGGGCUCCCGCCUGUCCAGUGACGAGGGGGAGAACGAUGAGCGGGAGGAGGGCACAGACAAACUGGACUGUCACUAUUCAGGUUACCACCCACGGCCGGCAGCUUUUUGUACCUUUGGAAGUCAACUGUUUGGGAGAAGCUGCUACUCGUUUGACCGGCGCUGGGAUCGAAUGCGAUGUGCUCUUACUGCCAUGAUGGACAAGCACGUCAACACUCAGAUGUGGAAAAAAAUCCCUUUCGCCUUGGAGAACUCCUCCUCUUCUUCUUCCUCUGCGCCGGCCCACAGGAUAACCACAAACUCCUUGUCCUCAUCACACGGUAGCGCCCCUGCUUCGGGCUUCCUCAGCCCCUCCUCUGCACCCCUUCCACCCCCCUACACUCAGUCCUACGACAGCAAGUCUGUGCUCUCGUACGGGACCACCUUAAACGCCCGUGCCUCCCCCCAGGGCGCGGCCGACCACCCUGCCUACAGUGCAGCACAGGCCAGACAAGUGUCUUCGACGCCCCAGAUGCCUUCAGCCCACUCCUCGGUCCCCUCCCUGUCCUCAGGACGACCGCUCAAGUCCAGAUCCAGCGGCAAGUCCUUCAGACCCCGGGAGUCCUCCUCCACAGCUGCCAUAACCAACUCCACCAGUGGGGGCAGCAGUGGAGGAAGCAGCAGCAGCAGCCUCAGCUCGGGUAAGAAGAGGAAGAACAGCUCCCUCCCUACAUCGUCUCACGCUACCACCUACUCCUCAGAGUCCUCUUCCUCAUCCAACACCACCUCUUCCUCCUUCAAAAAGAACUGCACAGUUCACAGUGGCAGCUCAGGGAGCACGUACCACCAUGCCUCGCUAGUCCCCUCCUCCUCCUCUUCUCACAGCGGCGUCCACAGUGUGGGACUCAACUGUGGCCCCAACGCCCGGACCAACUCCCUCAGUCUGAAGGCAGAGCCGUCGGGGCCAGCGGGGUUGUCGGGGCCUGGGGUCAGAGGCCCCCCCUCGGGCAGCCCGGCCGAGUCUAUCAAGAGGAUGAGUGUAGUGAUGAACAGCAGUGACUCCACCCUCUCCCUGGGGCCCUUUGUCCACCAGGCCUCAGAGCACCACAGCAGCUUCAGCCAUGCCCACACUGACGGCCGCCUGGAGGGGAAGAAACGCAAGGGCUCCCCCGCUGUCAGCUCCAUCAACAGUGGAGGGGGUGGUGGCGGGGGGCCGGGCAGGCCCAAAGUGGCCAAGUCUCCAGCCAUCAACAACAUCCACAGCAAACAUGGACGCACAAUCCCAGGAGCCACGGGGCUCCCCAACAACUCCCUCAUCCAUCAGCCAAAGGCCCGCCCCUGACAGCGAUGGCUGGGUUCUAUGUAUGGAACCGAGGGGCGGAUAAAGAGGAGGCAACCUGUGCGCUGCUCUGGACUGCACAAGGCCUUCUAAUACGUUACUCUCAGCUUCCCAAGAUCCUCAGGGUGGAGAUGGUCUGGACAGCCCAGUGACGUCACUGUUAUAGUGUAACUAUUCCUCCCAAAGCCAUGUAGGAGCGCCUUGUGGAGGUGGCAGGCGUUAACACCCGGGGUGGGUCACACUUGGCCCCUGUCAGUCAGUGUACCGAGGUAGAUCUUCCUAUGGGGAAGACAGGAGAGAAAAGGAGGGAGUAGGAGCCUGCCUGCCCUUUGACCUAUUGUUGAAAUUCCAGAGGUAUGGAGGAAGGGAAAAGUGCUGGCACAACAGCCGUGGCACUGCCCACCCAACCGUCAUGACGCAGAGCCACAGGGAUUGACUGGAGAGCCCUCAAGCCGCAAUCUGUUGGUUUCCGAUGAUCUCUUCCGUGUGUGUGUGUGUGUGUGUGUGUGUGUGUGUGUGUGUGUGUGUGUGUGUCACUUUAGAUUCUACUGGAAAUUCAAAUGUACACCUCCACGCCUGAACUCAGAAGCCUUGGAAGGAGAGGGCAGGAUAAGGAAAAACUGUCAAUUGCAACACUUCGAACACAAUCACAUUGUUGUUUUUUAAUCCUUCCACUACAUUUUGUCGGUUGGUUUUAAUCAGUGUGACGUGUACAUAACGUCAGGUUAUGUAUAGUAGCCAGAGAUGAACCACAUGAGGAGCAGAUUCAGUCAAUUCUAUGAGUUCCAUACAUGACCCAAACAAUUAUGCAAGUGUUACUUUUUUAUGUUUCUUAUGUUUUUCACUGAAUUUAACUACAAAUAUCUGUGUGGAGAUGGGGAAGAAAGUAAAUUGUGCAUGCAUAUGUGAAAAAAGGAUGCCUGAUACGACAAUUUGAUUGAACGGUUGUGAAAGAGGGACUACUUGUCUUGAGGACAAGUGUUAAUUCCUACAAUAUUUUUAUCUUACAAAUGAACAGCUACAGUAGACCUAGCCCUAACUGUGAACAGCACUAAACAAACACAGACCCACUACUUGCUUUAGGACAUUUUAAGUCAGGCUUAUUUGCCCCAAAAGCUAGCCAAAGGCAGCCAUCCGUUUCUCCCACCCUAGUCUGUAACCACUAUGCCAGCUUUGGCUAUUAGGAUUUCCAUUCCGGUACCUUCAGUUAUGUCACAAUACAGUGUUGUAGAUUGUGAGUAGAGGGGUUUGUCAUGACUCGCAUCACACUUGUCCUUCAUCAAAGCACUGAGUCUUAAACUGGCAAUACUUCCCCGUCUGUCUCUCUGAGAUGAUGCUCCAUCUGUCUCUGAGAUGAUGCUCCUUGGGAUCCUGUUUUUUUUGGGGGGUGCGAGAUUCAUGGAGAUGGCUUCAGAGUAGGUUACUACUUUUUGUAACUCCUGUAAAUUUCGUAAACUCCACUGAUGUCAGGCAGCGAGCUUAGCUGAGGAGCCAACUAUUUUCUAUCUUACUUUUGCUUUUUCUUGUAUGAAUUGAACAAAUAUCGAAGUAUCCCUAUUUCAGAAUACAUAUUUUAUUAACGAAUUGUACAUAUUGAAAUAUGUAUUUUUGCACAGGCAUUUUCUUAUACAAUUUUUUGGGGUACAAUUGAGAUCAUUAUUUAUUUAGUAAAUGAAAGAACAAGUUUAAGAACUUAACUUAUUUGAAGUGGUUCACUGCCAAGUCUAUAAUGCAAUAGGCCUAUAACUAGAGGUUGAAGCAUCUCAUGAAUCAUGUACUGGGAUCCUUUUAAAACAGGGGUGUCAAACUCAAUAUUCCCCCAAGUGCCGCAUUCGGUCUUCAACGAGGUGAAUGUAGGUGUAUUAUCAUUUCUACACAGUUUCGAUUUGGUUUAAGUCCAGUGUUACCCAAAUUCGGCCCGGGGGUGGUUUUAUUUGGCCCCUCAAGCUUUUUACAUUCUAUUUUUAUUGUUGCACAUAAAAGAUAGUGAAAUCAGCUCCAAGUGAUUUUAAUUUCAGAAAUCUGCUCCCAAGUAUUCCCAUACUUAAAGACACCUGAUCCUAUACAAAUAUAAGCACGGUUUGAAAGUAUCAUGUUUUAGUCAAACAUGAUAUGUUUGGGCUUCUUGCGGUCAAUUAGCAAUAUAUAAAUUAUUAUUUUUAUGUAAUUAUGUUCCGGCCCCUUGACCAUCCGCUCAAGAAAAAAUCGUCCCACGGCUGAAUCUAGUUAAUGAUCCUUGUUUUAAAGUAUAUUGAGUUAAUUUUUUGUUUUACUCAAAUCACCUACAGGGUGGAUUGGACCCCCCUCCAUAUGUUUGACACCCCUGCUUUAAAAGGUAGUGUUGCCACUAGCAUGUGUUUGUGUGACAGACAAUACUUGUUUUUAACUCUCCAAGGUCUCGCCUGUGCUUUUUACUAUUUUCAAGUUGCCUCUGAAUCAACAAAGAAAUGAUCAUUUUAUUUGACCCAAAUAGCCUGUGAUUCUGAAAUGUCCCGCAGGCUGAAAGCUGUGCCCGUUGUCUAAGCGAUUUCCAUGGAUUCAAUCAUUUACCUUCAUCGACGAAGACCUUGUAACAUUUCAUAAUUUGAAACACUUUCCCUUAAAGCUGAAGGGACUUAAGCAAUCAUUAAAGCAAGGAAGAUGAACCCUUCAAAGUGAAACUGCUUGCAUCAUUGUUGCCAAACAUAAUUUGAAGCACAGCGUUUUAAGGAAAUUCUUAGUUUGCAGCUUUUAGAAAUGCUGAAAUAAGAAAGUGCCUGCAUUUGUUUCACACUGACUGUUUGAGGACAGAGCUUUUUUCAUUUUAGUUUUACCUUACUUGAAUGUUCAAAGUGUUUUAGGAGCUUGCUUUUAAAAUAUGCCUAUGAACACUAAAUGUGGUAAAAACCUGAUAGCUUGUCAGCUAGCUGGUAUGAAGUACUUCGGGCUCUAUUCAAUCCGUAUCGCAGAAGUUCAGUGUUACAUCGUGAUUGAAAUUUAAAAGCAAUGUUCCCGCAUUAGCGGAGACUGCAUUCACGGUAAACGCUGCAUGUUUGCCUGGCUACCCAAACUCCUUGCUCCAGGUAACUGCUAUGCCACACCCACGGAUGUUUGUUUCUUCUCCGCAGUGAGUCUGAAUCAGAGUACCUCCCUGACGAUUUCUAGAAAGUAAAC